AAGGCAGGCUAGGAACAACAUUACUACAUCAGAGCCUGCAGUUGCACUCUACAGCUCACCCUAAGCUGUUGUACCGAUCGCUCUGCAAGCAGCAUAUUAUGGACGGCGCGAACACGCGCGCAUCGACCGACAAUGCAACCAUCGAGGAUGUCAGCGAUCCACUUCUGGAGACGUUGAACAGUGUGCUACGUCUGAGCAAUCGACCAACGCUGGCACAGCAGAACGCCGAACGACCACGCCGCUUCUCGGACACUGACCGUGGAACUACCACUACCGCACCCGUACUGAGGCCAGAGCCCAUUGCUGUUAGAAGCAGAGAUGGCUCUCGAUGGCUUCCCGCACCUGACGAGCAGAGCCAUCGAUACGGUGGCAAAGCCUCCAUCUCUGACGGACUAGAUCCUGCAUCUGGACCAUCGCUGAAGCCGCACAUUUGUCACGCCACCGAAUGCGCAGUAUCCAAGGUGUUCGCAACGCCGGAGCUGCUGGAGCUUGUCUUGAGCUACUUGGACACUAGGAAUGUCCUUGAGGUUCGACUAACAAGUCCUCGAUGGGAUACGGUUGUUCGCACCUCGCCUGAGCUCCGACUGCACCUCUUCUGUUUGCCGCAGUUCGCUCGCCUGGGAUCAGAUUUCCAACUGUUGCCGCUGUGUAUGCCAGGCCUCGACGUCAAACUUGGCGAGCCUCUGCAUCUGGGACAGUGGGUGCACGUGAGCAUGACAGCCCGCGCGGCUCGCUACAUUCUUCCGAACUCCAGUCCUACCAGACGCGUGCGGUCUCGGUCAAUCUACGAAGGUCUGCGCGGCGGGCUUGGCUCGAGAUCAUCUAACACCAAGGCUGACUGGCCUACGUCUUCCUCAGGACUCCCUGCCAAGGGCCUGCUACGCUAUGAAGGCCUCCUGAUAGGACAGCCGCCACCCAUCAACAUGCAGGCUUUCAUCGUAAGUCAUGAUGACACCAAAAGUUUCUCCGCGAAAGGUAAAGAGGUUGAGCGAUUGGAUGACCGUCCCUUCCCGUGUGCGAAGCUUCACUGCGACGCAGGCAUCUCCUUAGGUUUCCUCGCCGAGACUGUCCAGUCGAUACUAACGGACUCGAAGUUGAAGUCUGGGGAGGUCAAGGUCUUGUUCAAGACGAUUGUGUCAUUCUGCAACACAGACUCCGCUCCAAGGAAGCGUAGUGGCACGAGAGGCGUAACCAUGAUCGGCUGAAUGUACGAACAGGCUACUCGCAAGGAGCACCGCCUCGUGUAUGCAGCUACCCACGAUCAUGAGGGUGCUCGGGCCGUGCUCGAUAGCAUUUGAUAGGAUAUGAGCCGCCGACAUCAUUUU